ACUCACACCAGUGGAGAUUUAAAGGGAAAUAACAACGCGCUCUUUGUACACAUACAAAAUUUCGCAGGAUUUCAUAGUAUUUGCUAAAUUAAAACUGUGUGCUUUUGUUAAAGCCAUUUGGAGUCUUUGUGGAUUCAGUAACAGUGUACAUUAGACUAGACAACAGGAACAAUAGGUUCUGGGUCUAUUUUUUUCGGAGGAGGUUAUGUGUCCUAUCUUUCCACUAUAGCCAAACCCUGUCGCCAUCUUGAAUUUUAAUGUAAAUUAUCUUGCAGUUUUUGGUUGCUAUAUGGAAUAAUUACUAAUACAUUCUGCUCGUUUCGGGAGCUUGUGAUGGAAAUGUCGUAUCAUAGGGAAACUAACAAAGCGUGAGGAGGAUUGAAAAUUACAUUAUACAUUAUAUAUUCUAACCCUGCAAGCGGGACAUAAACCUGCACCUCUCAAGUUGCUCAUGGUUUCUCAUAAGUAAAUAGAAGCUAAAUGAGCUAUCACCAGAAAGCCUGCUGGUAUGAAGUAGAUGGGAGAAUCCAAAAACAUGGUGCUGAAUGGAAGGAGACAUGGCAGUAGGUUCUCCAGCAAUCAGCCCGUUGGGAAGACCAGGCUGCAGAAUGCCCAGAGGGCCCACCUGCACCAGAGCAAAAGUUCACCUAGUGGCAGGAGAUGCAGCCGGCGUGUCAGUGGUGCAGCCCAAGAGCCAGAGAGACGCCAUGUACCCUCAUCAGGGAUGACUGCUAAGGAGCUGUGUGAAUAUGAUGACUUGUCCACCAGCCUAAUUCUAGACUCCUACUUGGGUUUUCAGACUCACAAGAUGAAUACAAGGUUUCGCCCAAUCAAGGGACGACAGUCGGAGCUUAGAGAAGUGAUUGAAAGCUUCAAGAAGAAUGACAACCUGGAAAAAGCGUUUCAGGCUUUGACCUCUACAGACUGGAGAAGACAUCACUUUCUCAAUAAGACAAAGGCCCAGGAGAAGCUGUUCAAAGCACAUGUCUUUGUUUAUUUACGUAUGUUUGCAACAGACAGUGGGUUUGAGAUUCUUCCUUGCAAUCGCUAUUCCUCUGAGCAAAAUGGAGCCAAAAUUGUAGCAACAAAAGAUUGGAAAAGGAACGAUGAAAUUGAACACCUUGUGGGUUGUAUUGCUGAGCUGUCUGCUAAUGAAGAAAAGUUGUUGUUACGCCAUGGAGAGAAUGACUUCAGUGUCAUGUACUCUACACGUAAGAACUGUGCUCAGCUUUGGUUGGGACCUGCUGCUUUUAUCAAUCAUGAUUGCCGGCCAAAUUGCAAGUUUGUGUCCACAGGUCGAGACACUGCAUGUGUCAAGGUCUUGCGAGACAUUGAACCAGGGGAAGAGAUUUCUUGUUACUAUGGAGAUGGCUUCUUUGGAGAAAACAAUGAAUUCUGUGAAUGCUAUACUUGUGAAAGGCGUGGCACUGGUGCUUUUAAGUCAAAAGCAGGGCUGUCUGUCGAGGGCCCGGUGAUCAAUAGCAAGUAUGGGCUGAGGGAGACUGACAAGAGGCUUAACAGAUUAAAGAAGCUGGAGGAGGUCUGUAAGAAAUCAGACAGCCGUACUGUUGCCUCUACUGAAGCAGAGUCUCAGGAACCACCCAGUGGACAGACAUCAUUACGGAAGAGGAUAUCGCAACCCUGUCUCAAAGUGCACUGCAAAGGCAGAGCUGUGACAAGACAAACUCGGCCAAGCAUUUCUAUCUCUACCUCACCCCCUAAACGAAGUCAAACAACCAAGUCAAGUUUACCAAAGAGACUUAAGUCAAAGUCUGCACAGCCUUUGUCUAAAGGAAGGAGACGACGUCAAACAGCAGGACUGAAAGUGCCCACCAGAGCAAAUGUAGGGAGGUUGAGCCUCAAACAGCCUUGCAAAAAGGAGGCAGACAGCCGACGAGUCCCUCAGUUUUCUGGCUGCAGGGGUGGCACUAAGCCUGAGGCAGAUCACGGAAACAAUCAGAACUCCCUAAAAGGUGCUUCACCUUGCAAGAACAGUGUACAGUACCCAUACAGAACUCGCAGGUCUAGCAGGACCUCUGUCAGUGCUCAUGAGCGUGAUGGAAGCAAGCGUGCCCCAAAACCAAGCAGCAGUACGGCUCUAAAAAUGGAGCCUGACAGUUUUAUUUCGACAAUGCCUGGUCACCAAAUUAAUAUCCCCAACCUUGAGGCCAGCUGUCCCAAGAAAGGAACAUGUCCCAGACGGCGGAGAAUGAUAAUAAAACAGGAGGACACUGGCACAUACAUCGAUGACCUCCUGCCAGAGGGCAUGCCUGACCUGCGACAUGCAGCACAUGCUGCUGACGUGGCAGUUUGUGCUAAGGUACCACUUGCCCUGCCUGAGAGGCAUUAUGAAGGCAUGGCAGAGAGAUCCAAGGUGUCAAGGCGCAUGAAGGGGGGCAAGAAAAAAAGGCGCAUCACACGCUACGAUGCACAACUGAUCUUGGAGAACAACACAGGGAUCCCCAAGCUGACGCUGCGGCGGCGGCAUGACAGUAGCAGCAAGAAGAAAGAGCAUCGAAAUGCUAAGGCUGUGCCACGUUCUUCAAAGAUUAGCAUUAAGUUUAGUAAAGAGCGGGAAAAUGAGCAUGCUGGCCUGUACGUGGCCAAGCUGAACAAUGGCUUUGGUCAUGGAACUCAUGGGAGCUCCACCAAGCUAAAGAUCCAGCUAAAGCGAGAGGAAGAUGUGACCUUUACAGGGUUAGUUAAAAGGGAGGACGGUGAAGUUUUGGAGAGUGAGGUGGGUGUUCAUAUGAGUCGGAACCUCAAGGAGGACUCGCUGACUUCGGAAGAUGAGGAGGAGGACUACUUUGACAAUGAGGAUGACUUCAUCCCUCUUCCACCAGCGAAGCGCCUGCGUCUCAUUGUGGGCAAAGAUUCCAUAGAUAUCGAUAUCUCCUCUAGAAGGAGAGAGGACCAGUCACUCAGACUUAAUGCCUAAGCUAUGUAAAUAAGACUUCACUUCUACCAAUUAUGUGUUCACUUUGAGUGACUUUGAAUGUGGAGUAAGAAUGGCAAAUGUAUAGUAAAAUCAACACAAGAUAUCUUUCUCUACAUUUUAACAGUGGCACUUUUUUCUUGAUUAUUCUUCCUUCAUGAAUAUAAAUAUUGUAGAAACUGUACAGAUGUGUAUGAGUUCUUUUUGUCAAUUUAAUGUGCAGAUGUUAAUCAGUGUUUUGUCCAAAUUUUGCAGUUUUUUUUUUCUAUUAGGGGAUAGAUCAAUCAACACUAAAAAGCUAACAGGGUCAUGAAAACCCAUAGCCGGGGUGGUCUGCUUUUUAUUUCUAACCUGCCUUGCAGACCAUUAAUCAUUUGGGCAUUUCAGUUGGGCAUUUUAGCAUGUUUUGGUGAAACUACACCUUUCACAUCUCAGUCUGGUGAGACGUAAAAGGGCUGGAAUCUGUUUUCAAAAACAAUGCAUGUGUUCAUCUCUGAAGCUAGGAAUCAGUUUUUGAGAUAAACCAGCAUUGUGUUUGACUCAACAGGUCUUAAGGGAAUAUUGAUUAAGUUGUCAAAUUGGUAAACUGGUUAAAAAAUCUGCAUUUUUUGCAUCCUAUUUUGUCACCCCAAAGGCCAUGGUGCUCACUGUUGUGGCCCCCUUAUCCAUCUGACAUGCUGUGACCUGAAAGCUCGAUGGACAAGGUUUCAAAACAAAAGCCAAUAUAAAUUGACCAUGUUAAAAACCUCAUUAGUAAUUAAUUCACAAAUUAUGUCGUUAGGAUUUAAAAGAAAUAUUUGACCUUGUAGGUCUGUGCUUUGUCAACGAGGUAAUUAUUUUAAGCAUUAAGUUCUUUAUUUUGUUUCUCAAUGUACGAGUAGGCAGCUGACAUUUAACUUUUUUUUUCUUCACAUGCAACCCUUAAAGCUGUCUAUAAACUAAGACAGUUUGUCAGACUCUAGGUUUCACAAGGAUAAAAACAAUCCCCCAAGAAUAGGGACAAAACAACAAUGCGUGAUGUAUACAUGCACUUUGGGGUGGGAGGGAGCUUGCUUAUUAUACUCUGCAACCUGUUUUUAUUUAACUCUUUUUGAGUACUUGAAAAAAAAAUUAAAGUCAUUUUUGAGA